AUGCUUUUCCACUUGUUCUAUUGUAGUACGAAUGAACUGCCCCUACCGGCAGCGACACAAUCUCUGGUGCCCUCACCUAUAUCUGAUACACAGAGAAAGUCCUGUGGCGUUAGCCCCAAAAUUGGCGGAGAUUCAGAUGAAAAUGAGCCAAAAAUAACGUUUCAUGAAAUCGCUCCUACUUCCUCGGAAAACAACCCCAAUUUACCCACAAGUGCGCCAUUAGGGCGUGCGAGAGGCGCCCGUGUGCGUAGUGUGACAAUGAGUUUAAAGACGGUAGGGCCAACCGUUACGACUAGCUCAUUUCCCGCACAGUCCAGGAGGCGGCUCUCGGGGCAG